CAGGCCUCGUGUCGGAGGCGUGGUGCUGCCGCUGAACGGUCAGGAUGGUGGUCGCUUGUCGGUGACGGGAGAGAGAUGCUACAGGAAGACUUCACGUACACAAUGCUGCAGGUCUCAAGAAUGCCCUGGAAUUUGGGGAAGAUCUUCUGGAACAGAAUGGGAGACAAUGUGUGGGGAUAUGGCCAAUUAAUCGAUUGUCAGAUGGACAGCAAAAUAAAGCUGCUGAAUGCCAGAACCUAAUUUUAGUGGCCUGUUAAGGAAGCAAAAUUAUUUUGUAUAAGAGAAAAAUGCUGAGAACUGCUUUUGAUGAGAUCCAGAAAGCCAUGACUGAAAGAGAGGCCAGAUCAAGUUUCAGUGUUCAAGUGAUUGGUGGCUUGAGCACGCUAACAAAGGAGAUUUAAAAAACACAAACUUUCAAUCAACAAACCUGUUUUUCUUCCACCCGUCAGCAAAUAAAGGAGUAUUUAGUGUUGAAUAUUGCUAUCAUGGCUGUGUCUGUUGGAGAGAUGUUUUGGACGCUUUGUGCAUUGUCUGCGCAUUUGGGACUGGGUGGUGGCCACAGUAUGUUUGCCUGUGAACCCAUUUCCCUGAGAAUGUGCCGUGAUCUGCCUUACAAUAUGACGUUUAUGCCAAAUCUCUUGAAUCACUAUGACCAGCAAACUGCAGCCCUGGCUAUGGAGCCAUUUCAUCCUCUUGUAAACCUGGAAUGUUCCGGAGAUCUACAGCCGUUCCUGUGUGCAAUGUAUGCCCCUGUUUGUACAGAGUAUGGCCGUAUCACACUACCGUGUCGUAAGCUGUGUCAGCGAGCAUAUGUGGAAUGUAAUAAGCUGAUGGAGAUGUUUGGAGUCCUGUGGCCAGAGGAGAUGGAGUGUAUAAAAUUUCCAGACUGUGAUGAAGCCUAUUCACGCCAGACUGACUCUCUUUUGGGUGGUGAUCCCACAGAGGAGGCCCCAAUGGCAGUGCAGAGAGACUAUGGUUUUUGGUGCCCACGUGAAUUGAAAAUUGAUCCUGAGCUUGGCUACUCCUUCCUAGGGGUCACAGAUUGUUCACCACCCUGUCCUAACAUGUACUUCAGACGUGAAGAGCUUUCUUUUGCAAGGUACUUCAUCGGUGUAAUAUCCAUCGUUUGCUUGUCUGCUACACUCUUCACCUUUCUCACAUUCCUUAUUGAUGUGAAGCGAUUCCGCUAUCCAGAACGGCCAAUCAUAUUUUAUGCAGUCUGUUACAUGAUGGUUUCCUUGGUGUUUUUUAUUGGGUUUCUUCUAGAAGACACAGUCGCGUGCAAUAGAAAUGAUCCUUCAGUUUAUAAAGCAUCUACAGUGACACAAGGUUCCCACAAUAAGGCAUGUACCAUGCUGUUUAUGAUACUUUACUUCUUCACAAUGGCAGGCAGCGUCUGGUGGGUCAUCCUGACCAUCACAUGGUUUUUGGCUGCUGUUCCCAAAUGGGGCAGUGAAGCCAUAGAGAAGAAAGCACUGCUAUUCCAUGCAAGUGCCUGGGGGAUCCCUGGAACACUCACGAUCAUUCUCCUUGCCAUGAACAAAAUUGAAGGAGACAACAUCAGUGGUGUUUGUUUUGUCGGACUAUAUGACGUUGAUGCACUGCGAUAUUUUGUUUUGGCUCCUCUCUGUCUUUACGUGGUGGUAGGUGUUUCUUUGCUACUGGCGGGUAUAAUAUCUCUGAAUCGUGUAAGGAUUGAAAUUCCACUAGAAAAAGAGAACCAGGACAAGUUGGUGAAGUUCAUGAUCCGUAUUGGGGUGUUCAGUGUACUCUACCUUGUGCCACUCCUUGUCGUAAUUGGAUGUUACUUUUAUGAGCAAGCAUUUCGUACUGUAUGGGAGACAACAUGGAUUCAGGAACGCUGUCGUGAAUAUCACAUUCCCUGCCCUUACCAGGUGACCCAGGUGAGUCAUCCUGAUCUUAUUCUCUUCCUUAUGAAGUACCUGAUGGCUCUGGUUGUUGGAAUUCCUUCUGUAUUUUGGGUUGGCAGUAAGAAGACCUGCUUUGAAUGGGCUAGCUUCUUCCAUGGACGCAAGAAGAAAGACUCUGUAAAUGAGAGUCGUCAAGUACUGCAGGAACCCGAGUUUGCUCAGUCACUGUUGAGAGACCCCAACACCCCAAUCAUCCGCAAAUCCCGAGGCACCUCUACACAAGGAACCUCCACUCAUGCCUCCUCACAGCACCUUGCCAUCAUGGAUGACCAAAGGAGCAAGGCUGGCAGUGUCCACAGUAAACCUAGCAGUUACCACGGCAGCCUGCACAGAUCAAGAGAUGGCAGAUAUACACCAUGCAGCUUCAGAGGUUUGGAUGAGCGGUUGGUGCAUGGUAGUCUGCCGAGGCUCAAUGACCAGUCCCGGCAAAGCAGCCAGCACCGCCUGAAUGACCAGUCCCGGCAAAGCAGUAUCAGGGACCUGACCAACCCAGCAACUCAUAUUACGCACGGUACCAGCAUGAACCGAGUCAUUGAGGAAGACUGCACAAGUGCCUAAAUGUAACCACCUUUCCCAGGGAAAGCAAAGGAAACAAACUUUUUAACAGAAGAUGGGAAAUGCUGUUUACAGAGCAUUUACAAGAGGAAGUUUGUUCACUGGCAGUUGUUACAAUAGGCCAACGGCAGCAAAAUAGAUAAUAGAUCUUGUUAAUUGCAGUUUCAUCUACUGUCAUUAAUGCUGACAAGAAAGUUCAGAUAGAUGCUGACAUAAAAAUGACUUGAACUCUUCUUUGAAACAACAAAAGGCAAGAUAUAUUUCAACUGAUGCAACCAAUAUAAAGACGAAAGAGAAGGAAGUUCAAAGUGGCAUCUCAUUCCUAACAGACUGCUGUUCAUUCUGGGUAUUUUGUAAAACUGGGAGGGUAGAAAGCUUGGAUUCCUCUUCAAGGACAAUGUGAUCCAAAAUGUAAAAAAAACUUAUUGUAUCAUUGCUGAGACAUCUUUAGAUGAACACAUACAUUUCUUAUGCAAAAUCUGACACCAUUCUCAUGUCUACAUGAUAGUCAAAAGGAUCAUUGUUUGGAACUGUUUUUAUUAUGUUGAUGGCUACAAUGGUAAAAACAUUAAUAGCAAACCUGUUCGUUUUCCGAACUCCCAUCUCUAAGAUUAAAUUCUGUUAUUAGAAACUGGAUGCACAGUUUGAAAGAAACAAUGAAAAGAUGUGAUAAAGUGUAAAAAUACAUUGUAUGUUCUUGAAAUGAGGUAGGUUUUGUAAAGGGGCUGAUGCACAGUUUUUUGUUUAGUUUUUAUUUGGGUCAGGAUGUUGCAAUGCUACCUCAGUGCUCCUUCUAUUAUCUGACCAUUAGGAUAAGUAACAGAUGAGGCAGCUUUGCCAAAUAACAUGUUGCUAAUUAAGGGCAGGGUUUAUGGGUGGUGAAAUGGAGUUGUGCCCAAAAAGUGCAUUUUUGGUGAUGAGUAACAAAUGCUGGCCUUGCCAACGAUGCUUACAUGCCAUGAAAAGUUUUUUUUUAAUGGGGAACUUCUUGUUACGGUGGUAUGCAAUACACCUCAAAGUUAUUGUUAUACCAUGUGAUGAGAAAGCUUAAUGGUUCUGGAAUAAUAUUGCCCCAUGCCCCCUCCCAGCACACUCUGCCACCCACCUCAAAAAUAAAAAAUAAUGUGGACAAAUGAAUUGUACUGCUGAUGGCAAGUCCUUCACCAGCAACUUUGGGUUCAUUCAUUACCUAAAAUAUCUGUUGGUGAUCCUGUUAGUGUCCUUCCAAACAAAGUAACUUUCUAAUUGCAAUUUGUCUGAAAUGAUCUGAAACAAAACUUUAAAAAUUGGAAAAACCUAGAGAUUGGGUAUCCUGCCAAACUUUGAACUGAACCUUAGCCUAAGUAGGUACUUUCAAACGUUCACCAGUAUCUUCACAAAUGUGUUUUCUGUGUAAUUAAAUGUCACAGUAAUUCUGAAAUAUCCAAUUAGUAUAAUGCAGAUGACAAAGGGCAGUGAAGGCCUCUGAGACCCUCCAACCCACCUCACUGGUGCCAUCCAUAAUUCAGUGGUGCCACUUGGAUCCCUGAUUCAAAAGAUAAAUGAAUGCAAGCUCCGUUCUCCAGUAUUGAGAACAAAAUCUAGGCCAACACUGUUUUAUGAGUACUGACAAGUUGCUGCACUGUCAGAGGUACAUUAAAUCCCAUCUUUUCCCUCAGUUUUGCAAAAACAGUAUUCCACAACGAACAUUUCUGGUCAUUAUCACAUUAAUAUCUGAGAGAUCCUGCUCAUACAAAUUACCUGCUACCUUUACAGUUGGCUGUAAAGUAUUUGAGGAUGUGCUGAGUCUGUAAAAAGUAUCAAAUGAAGUUUCUAAACAGUCUGAUCAGACUCUCAGUACCUUGUAUCUAUCUGCAUGUUAUCAUUCCUUAGUGAAUUAGGCUGGAAUAGUGAUGUAUUUAGAGAAUCAUGGAAUAUUUACACGACAGAAAAGCCACUUGGCCUGUUAUGCCCAUGCUGACUUCGAGCUACUCAACAAAUCCCACUUCUUGGGCUUUUCCCCAUAACCCUGCAUGUUUCUUCUUAGAUAAUUAUCCACUUUCCUUUAGAAAACCACUAUUAAAUCUGUUUCCACGACAUCAUCAGGAAAACAUUGCAGAUUUCUUAGCACUUACAUUAAAAGCUAUUUCUUUAUGCCUAUCUAGUCCUUUGCUAGUAAACUUAAAUUUUCCUGUUCUUGAGCUUUCGACAAAACAUUUUUCCCUGUUUAUUCUUCCUGGAAUUCUUUGGACCUUGAAUAACUCUGUGAAAUCUUCUAUAAACUUGAAAUAAAAGCAAAUAUACAGCAGGUGCUGGUAAUGUGAAAAAAGCAUAGAGAAUGCUGGAGAAAAUCAGCAAGUCUGGAAGCAUCUGUGGAGAGAGAAAGUUUGUUUUAAAUCUGGGGUUUGACUUCUUCAGAAUCUGAAGCUAUCAGACGUGCUAAGUUUCUCCAGUAUUCUCUUCAAAUUUUUGUUGACCUAAUGACUUUUCAUGACCCCAUUUUAGCCCCUAUAAUUCCAUGUUUAAGGUCUUUCCUACAUUCCUUGUAAACUUCAAAGGCUUUGUCAGUUCCCAUCCUCCUCAACCUUAUGUCCACUUCCUUUUGAGAACUGUAUUCUCUAUAUUAUUUCUCCUUGCCUUCCUACCAAAACUUGUCACUUCAUAUAUAUGCAUUAAAUUUCAACUGCCACCUAUCUACCUAUUCUAAUACUGUGGCCCAUGCUCCUUUACAGUCUGUCACUAUCCUCUUCAUUGUUUACAGUGCUUCAAAAUUGGUGUCAUUUUCAUAUUUUUAAAAUGUGCCACACAUUGACCUAGGUCAUGAAUACAGGUUAAGAAAAGCUAUGGUCUUAUCUCUAAGCACAGUGUGCCUUCAGCAAGUCUAAACCAACUAUUAACCACUGAUCGCUGUUUCCUGUCAUAAGCCACCUUAUUUUUCACAUCAACAAUUUCCUUCGAUAGGCUUCAACUGUGCUAACAUGCAUGUUAUUUGACGUUUGUUCAAACAUUUUUUGGAAGUCCAUGUGGACCACAUCAACCACAUUAUCCUUGUCAAUCCCCCUUUUUUUGAUGAAGUAACAAUCAAAUUAAACAUGACUUGUUCUUAAUUAAGGAAAGCUAUCAAAAAUUCAUUUCUUUAAACCCAGAUUAUUUCUAAAACUUCUGCCAACAAUGUUAAGGGAAUUGACCAACAUUCCCUCUAAUGUUUUAUUUGCUGCAAGGACCUCAGAGUGCCAUGUAUGGCAGCAGCUUCUGAGACCAGUAGUCUGUUUUGGAAAUGGCACUGGGACACCUGUGCAAGGAAUUUCUAAGCAUCUGUGUACCCAUACAGCUUACAGGACAUAUUGUUGGGAAUUACUUGUAGUUGCAAGGCUUAUUCCUUGCAUUUUUUUUAGUAAGACUGUGACAUUUGCAGUUUUCCACUUUUCUGGCAUCACCUACAUUUAACAAGGAUUGGAAGAUUGAAUCCAGUAACUCCACAAUUUUCACCCUUUAUCCCCAUCUAAUUUGAUUCUGGUGACUUAAAGUAGAUUUAAGUAUAGCAGACUUUCUAAUACUACUUUAUCAGUUUUUAAAGCUGUCCUUCGUCUCAACUGUUUCUUGUUUCACAAUGACUUUGGCAAUAUCAUCUUUGCUUAAGAUGAAUUCAAAGUGAUCAUGUAUUUCCUCAGUCAUGCUUUCUAUCUCUCUAUCAAUUCCAUCUUUAGUCCCGAAUCGAACCUAUUCCUCUUUACACUUCUCUCCUGCACCUCUUUCAUAAUUGUUCCUUUUUACGUCAGUUACUAGCCAUUACUCAUAUUUUCUCUUCGCUGUUAUUUUUCUUUUCUUUCUAUGUUCAGCCUGGUUCUUGCUUGUUGUUAUGACAUAUGUCCUUUUUCUCUCUGUUUAUGAUCAGUAUCUAUCAUUCUUGUCACCCAAGUCCUCUGGCUUUAGCUUCCCUACUUUUUCUCUUUUGUGGGGAUGUAUGUCAACUAUACUUGAACUGUCUCCUCUUUAGAGAACUGUCCAUUGUUCAAUUACAGUUUUGCCUGACAAUCUUUCUAGCUGGCCCUUCCCUAGUAAAUUAUUUUUUACUCUAGUUGGUCCUUGGCCUUUUCAAUUGUUGGCCUAGACCCUAGGUUUCUAUUAUCAUUGAGCACUAAAAUGAGAACCAAGUGACUAUCAUUGUUUUGAAAAGUCUGAUUUAAUCUGGGUUUAGUUGUUCUAACCCAUUAAUUCAGAGAGGGUAUUCAUGUUAAUAGAAACAAAUCAGUCUGUGAAUUUCAUUUCACUUUCAAGAGAUUUCCUUUCUUUUGCACAACAUUAAUCUCCUUCAUACGCAGUCCAUUUUCUUUGUUAAAGUGAACUCUAGAUAUUCAUCAGUUCUCUUAUUACAGCUGCUAAAUAAUAAUGUCUUUAUUUUCUGACAUUUUAUACAGAUCAGUAUUUACUUGUUUAACAUUUCGCUCUUCGUUCAUCAACAUUAAACAUCUAAAAAUAUUCAGUGCUUCCAAAGAGUACAUAUAGCUCUUUGGUGACUAAGUGUUUAACUUGCUAAAGCUAUAUAUUUGAAUAUAUCCGGGAGACUUUUCUGACAGUCUGGACAGAUUUCAAUAAAGUUCUCUUCAGUUUUCCCUUGUUCCUGAAAAGUCCAACAUACCUGUUAUGUACCGUUGCGAUUUUCUGCAAAGUCAAUAUUAUGAAAUUAUUACUCAUUGCCAUCUCUGUUCUCCUACUUCCCCACCUUAACUCUGGAACUAGUAUCUCUAGUGCUCCUCCAACAAUUUUUAGACUUUUCCAAGCCCUAGCUUAGCUUUGUCCACAUAUCAUUAUCUCCAACAACAGUGUUCUGGUCUGUCAACUUCUUUGGCAAUUAUUAUUUCUUCUUUGUUCUAAAAUUAGACAUUUUUGUUGUGAAUGGUGUAUGACAUAGAAUGCUUAGAAAGGAAGAAGACAGAACUGAUAUGCGAGGAAAGUUCUUUACACAGAGGGUGGUGGGUGCCUGGAAUGCGUUGCCAGCGGAGCUGGUAGAUGCAGACAUGUUAGCGUCUUUUAAGAUAUAUUUGGACGGGUACAUGGAUGGGCAGGGAGCAAAUGGACACAGACCGUUAGAAAAUAGAGGACAGGUUAGACAGAGGAUCUUGAUCGGCGCAGGCUUGGAGCGCUGAAGGGCCUGUUCUUGUGCUGUAGGGUUCUUUGUUCUUUGAUUCCUUUCAUUCCCAGUUGCCUCCAACCCACCUCCCAAAAGUAACACUUAAUCUGAAUUGCAAUAAGUGAGGUAUGGUACAAAAAUUGCAAGCAGAAAGGUGCGUUAGAUGAGAGAAGAAAAUGCCAAUGUUGGGAAUUUAUAAAGAAUAAUCAAAAAGAGGUAAUGAAGAUUGAGGAAUUGUGAGUUUCUUAAUUAUUUUUAUAUUAAAAUUAUUCUGGGCAAGUUGUAGUGGCUGUACUUUAAUAAUUUGAGGUAUAGAAAUAGACGUUGCAUUAUUUGCAAUGAAAUCUUGUUCUGGGUUUAGGUUGACAUUGAUUAGUUGUUGAAAUGGGGUGAAAAUAGUGGCUAACUAACUAUACCUAUUUCUAUCAGAGGUAAUGGGAACUGCAGAUGCUGGAGAAUCCAAGAUAAUAAAGUGUGAGGCUGGAUGAGCACAGCAGGCCAAGCAGCAUCCCAG